GAUGAAGCUCUCGCCACAGCAUCGGAGAGCAUGGCCGCCAUGAAAAAGCUCAACAAGGUCUGCUUCCUCGUGGCCAUGGAGCAGGAGAGCGCCCCGUUCAUCGCCGCGCUCGGCCUGAAGAAGCGCAGCACCAGCGGCCCGGCGCCCGUCAUCGUGCACGAGGGCACGUACAAGGGCGCGGCCGUCGUGGUCUACAACCCGGGCAUGAGCGACGGCAAGAGCCUCGUGGGCACGGACUUCGCGACGCUGGCGACGUUCCUCGCCGCGGAGCGCGACGCGCCGGACCUCUUCGUCAACGCGGGCACGUGCGGCGGCUUCGCGAAGCGCGGCGGCGCCGUCGGCGACGUCUACUGCGUGUCGUCGUUCCAGCACCACGACCGGCGCGUGCCCAUCCCCGGCUACGACGCCAUGUGCGUCGGCAAGCGCGCCGCCGUCGCGGCGCCGCGGCUCGUGGAGGCGCUCGGCGCGAAGACGGGCCCGUGCACGACGGGCAACUCGCUCGACUGCUCGCCGACGGACGCGGAGAUCAUCGACGCGUCCGGCGCCGUCUGCAAGGACAUGGAGGCCGCGGCCAUCGCCUGGGCCGCGGAGCUCACGGGCACGCCGCUCCUCGGCAUCAAGGUCGUCACGGACAUCGUCGACGGCGAGCAUCCGACGCAAGACGAGUUCCUCGCGAACCUCGCGAAGGCGUCGGACUCGCUCCAGGGCGUCUUGCCCAAGGUCCUCGACUUCGUCGUCGACAAGACCCUCGCGGAGCUCUAGUAACACGGCGGCCGGUAG